AAAGACUCGCGCCGCAUCCGGGUCCCCGCGCUGUACGUAAAGCUGCUCGCCGACUCAAAGAUAACUUUCUAUCAUCCAUCGGUUAUUCUAUUCUUUAAAAAAAAAAAAGCCUUAACCGAAGAACUGUUAGCAGAAAUCUCCCCCCAAAAAAUCACUGUCAAAUGUCUGCAUGAAAUGAGACUACUUUAUUCCAGUGAUCUGUGGUGGUGAAUGUGCGAGCGGGAGAUCAGUGUUUGCGGCUGGAUCAGGGGCGCCGAUACAGUAAUCUUUCCCAAGGCCAAAAAACAUAGUAAUGGCAGCACAAAUAUCAGAAACAGACCAGAUAAAACAGUUUAAAGAAUUUCUGGGCACAUAUAACAAACUUACAGAGCACUGUUUUAUGGACUGUGUAAAGGAUUUCACAACCAGAGAUGUGAAAGCAGAAGAGAUGACUUGUUCAGAACACUGCCUUCAGAAAUAUUUGAAGAUGACCCAAAGAAUAUCUAUGCGGUUCCAAGAGUACCAUAUUCAACAAAAUGAAGCAUUAGCAGCAAAAGCAGGACUAAUUAGCCAACCUCGUAUGUAACAAAGGACCAUUUGAGAGAUAUUGCCCAAAUGGCGGAGUGUUUGCAGUAUUCUUUUUAUUUUCACUUAAGAACAUACAGUACAAUUUGUAAAUGGUAUAUGGAUGGUGGAGGGAGUUCUAGGCAAUGGUUGGGUUGCAGUCAAGUGGUCUGCUUGAUCCUGGAUUGUUUUAAUGUUGUGAGAUGUUCAUGGGACUGGAUUCAUCAGUGCAAAAUGUGGUCUGAUUGUUAGAGUAGAUAGUGAACAAUAAUACCCCAGGUUUACCUCUUGCUAAUAAUUCUUCUCCCAACUGGACUUCUUCAAGAAAAAACUUCUGUAUUGCUUCAACAUCUUUUAAAUCUGGUAACUGGAAUUACAACAUGACUUUGAGAAACAUACAUCCGAACUCUGAUAUUUACUGUAAACUUGAAAAUUGCAUUGUUGUUACAUAAAGAAUCAGCUUGUUUUUACAUUAUAUUUUUACAUUCAUCAGUGGUGAUAACGUUUGAUCGAAUCUUGUCACGUUGCAUUUAACUAAAAUUAAAAUUUGUUUUCACAUUA